AGACUUCCGACGAAACAAUAAAAAUGGUCAACCAAUUUUUGCUGACAAUCUCAUUAAGUGCCUUGCUCUCCGGGCUUUGCACGGCGCAAAUUGUGGUAAGAGAGGCCGUCCCUAACGACUGUCAUCGCUUCUAUGAGACCCGAUUGCUGACCUGUCCUCCAGAGUUUCAUUGGAACCCCCAACUGCAAAGAUGCGAUCUUCAGUCCCCCACAGGCUGCACUUCCAUCACACCUAGUCCCAUUCCCCCACCGGUUAAAAAACCAGAAUCCUACAACCUUUCCGAAGUUUGUAAGGAUAAACUCGGCCAGCUGAUAGCAUACCCGGGUGACUGCACCCGCUUCAUUCAUUGCGAUUAUGUGCCCUUUGUGAAGUCCUGCCCGCAAUACCUCUAUUGGAACUCCCACCUACUUACCUGCGAUAAAGUUUGUGUUUGAUAAACCACCGAAGGACCAUCGCCAAGCCAAUAUUUAAUAAAGAAAUCA